CUCCUAGGCCUCUUGCAAACUAGCAAAUACCCUAGCGAUGGAGGCCAAGGAUGGGCGCUAUGCCGCAAUGCUGGAGAGAUUGGCGGCACUGGACAGCGAGCGGGCGCGCCAGGCGGAGGCCCGGCGCCACGACGCAGCGGCAUCCGCGAAUCCACUGGAAUCCACAGGUGCGUUCCAGGGCGCCUUCGACGAGCAGCGCAAGAUCGUGGAGGAAUCGCUCAGUCGCAUCCGCCAGUCCGGCAGCGCAUCCGGCAAGGCCGACAUGGAUGCCGUCGCGAUCCAGCUCGCGGCCAUGGACAAGAUGGUGUCGGAUGCGAGCUACUUCCUCCCGCCUUACGACGUCCAGAGCUCUCGAUCGGUGGUGGACAGGCUCAAGCAAUCGCUCGAGAGCGCCAUCGCGGAGGUCAUCCCCAAGAAGAAAUUCUCCUUCCGGGCCAAGAACACUUCCUCGUCACCGAAAGAAACGGUAACGCCACCAGCGGUGAAAAACGAGGAAGAAGAAGAUGAGACUCCAUCGUUCAUGCCUGAUCGAGCUGCCAACCUCCACUCCAUUCGCGACGCCAAGAACUCCACCAUCGUCCACGACUCGGGUGAAUCCAGCGAGACAGAGGUGACGCUCUCCAACUUGACGCACUGCACGGUGUUCUUGAGGGGGAUCUUCCGCGCCAUGUUCUUCCACAAGCUCAAGAACUGCCAUGUCUACGUGAGCGCAGUCACGGGAUCCAUUCUUCUGGAGGAGAUCGACAGCUGCAUUUUCAUGCUCGCGUCCCACCAGAUUAGAAUCCACUCCACCACCAACACGGAUUUUUAUCUCCGGGUCCGGAGUCGCCCGAUCGUGGAGCAUGUUAGUGGAGUCCGGUUUGCUCCCUACGCUUUCCACUACCAAGGGAUUGAGGAUCAUCUCAAGGCAGCGAACUUGGCCGAGGAGACUGGAUUGUGGGAGAAAGUGGACGACUUCCGGUGGCUUCGUGCGGCAGCUUCUCCCAACUGGAGCAUUCUACGUCCGGAUCAACGCGUUCCUCUCGUAGAUGGCACCAACGUUUCUAGUCGGGAGUUUUGCAACAAAUAAGUCUCAAGGAUAUCUUGCGAAAGAAAUGCCAACUGCAUGCUACAGUUUUUUUUUUAUAUAAACGAGACAGUUUUGACUGUUGCCAUGCCGGAGGUUUGAGGUAAACCUUUUGCUUUUGGUUUGCAAUCACGAAAGGCUACACAGGUGAGUGUUUUUCGUAAAUUUAGAUCGAGAACAGUGUGUUGUCUUCUCUCUCUCUUUUUUUCAUCACAGCUGCUAUCUACAUCGAGCACUCUGGGACGGUAAAUUGGAAAUCAAUCUCUCUACUCUCCUGGGGAGUGAUGGUUUUGUACAGGAGCCAAUCUUCUAGAGAUUGCUUGAGAGCGGCGAGCUUUACUUCUUGACUAAUGCAGCAGAUGGCGUGAAUGGCGCAAAUCUUCUCAAAGUCGGUGUUCAUGUGGCAGUAGCCGCUCAAGUACUCGGUUGGGAUGUACUUGAGCUUCAAUCCAAUGCUCGCAAAAUCAGGCGUCUCUUUCAUGGCCUCGAACACGUCCUGGUCGUUCUUGUCCGGGGAAGUUCCCUGCUGCUCGAACCACAGGUCGAAGAGCUUGAUGGUCCGCUGGUUUGAUCGAACAUGGAGGAUGCCCGUGUUGAUGUGGUUUGCAAUGUCGGACGAGUUUCCAUUGAAAUCGUGGUUGCAAGAGACGUCGAGGUCGGAUUCUCGCGAGAAGUGCUGGAAUGGAGCGCGAAACCAGAGUAUAUCAGCGUCCUGUGCACGUCAAGGAGAAAGGUGGUGGA